CUGCCUCCGCCAGCUGGGCCGGGGCCGGGACCGGCCGGGCCGCUGCGGAGCCUCGGCCUGUCCGUGCUGCCGGGCGCGGCCACGCUGCUGACACCGCCGCGGUGGGCCCGGUCUGGCGGGGCGGGGGAAGGGCUGUCACGGCGCGGCGGGCCCGAGCCGCCGGUGCCGGCGUUGUGGCAGCGGCGGGGGAGCACCCUGAGGGGAAGGAGGCGGCAGGGGAGCGGCGAGAAAACGAGAAGAAUGUUGUUAGGGGCAAACCCUCGGGUUUAGUUGUCUUAAGUAAUGCCUUACCACAUUUGAGGAUCUAAGAGCUUUCUGUUUGCCUAAGGCAUAAAAGAAAAUGGAAGAAGAUGAGACAUUACAAGGUGAAACAGAAAGGGCAAAUGUUGAAACACGUGCUACUCCCAAGAUGGGUCGGCAGAUAUCAGUUAGUGAGUUCCUUUGCCACUGCUGUUAUGACAUUCUGGUCGAUCCCACCACCCUGAACUGUGGGCAUAGUUUCUGUAGACAUUGCCUAGCCUUGUGGUGGGUGUCAUCCAAGAAGAAUGAAUGCCCCGAAUGCAGAGAAAAAUGGAAAGGAUUCCCCAAAGUCAACAUCCUCCUCAGGGAUGUUAUUGAAAAGCUAUUUUCUGAUGCCAUUGAACAAAGAAAAGAAGAUAUUCAACAAAACAGUGAUGUAGCACGCAGCUUAGCAACCUUCCAAAAAUACGGGAAUGACCAGAUCCCUACAGUUUCGAACACAGGAAGAAUUAAUCCUCGAGGAGGAGGGUUUUUCUCAGGCGUUCUAACAGCUUUAACUUGUGUAGCAGUAGUUCUACUUGGAUAUCACUGGAGUAGCAGAGAAUUUGAAGAAGAUCAUCUUGUCAACAAGCCUGUUGCUAAAUGGACUGCUGACGAAGUGAUACUUUGGCUAGAGCAGUUGGGCCCAUGGGCUUCCCAUUAUAAAGAAAGGUUUUUACUGGAGAAAGUGAAUGGAAGACUCCUCCUAACAUUGACUGAGGAUGAUUUCAUGAAAGAGCCUUACAGUAUAGAGAACAGUAACCAUAGAAAAGCUAUUAUGGCAGAACUGGAAUGUGUGAAAACUUUAGGUGUUAAACCACCACAGAACCUUUGGGAAUAUAAGGCGGUAAAUCCAGGAAAAUCACUCUUUCUUCUGUAUGCACUGAAGGGUUCUCCAAGACUCAGUAUGUUAUACCUAUAUUUGUUUGAUUAUGCAGAAGCUUUCCUACCUUUCAUCCAUACAAUCUGUCCUACGCAAGAAGACAAGUAUGAAGAUACUGUCACAAAACUACUAGACCUUAAAGAUCCUUCUUGGAAACAGUGGAGAGAAUUCAUUGUAAAGUAUUUAUUUUUGCCAUACCAGUUGGUAGCUGAAUUUGCUUGGGAUUGGCUGGAUGUGCACUACUGGACAUCAAGAUUUAUAAUUGUAAAUGCCAUGUUGCUUUCUGUUCUGGAGUUAUUCUCCUUUUGGAGGCUCUGGUCAAGAAGAGAAUUGAAGACUAUUCCUCACAGAAUGUGGAGACAUUUCUGGAAAGUCUCAACACAGGGUCUUUUUAUUGCCAUCUUUUGGCCUUUUAUUCCUCAGUUUGUCUGCAAUUGUUUGUUUUACUGGGCCUUGUACUUUAACCCAAUUAUAAACAUUGAUCUUGUGGUUAAAGAAGUAAGGCGUCUGGAGACACAAGUGCAGUGACUGGCAUUGGAACUUUGGAGCUGUUUAGCUUCUAAAGAUGGACACUUGAAAUAAAUAUUGCUUUUCUUCUUAAUAUAUGUGGCAGUGAAAGUGGUGGAUUAUGUUAACUUAAGCAUACAAAAAAGCCUUAAGGUAAGUUACUCUUAAACCAGCUGAUUCUAGAUUCGAGGGUGGGCUUUUAUUAUCUGAAAGGAAUUUUCUAUUGAAAAAAAUCCAGAAAAAUUACAGUUCAGAUUUAGCUAUGUAAAACUUAUGCAGUCGUGUCACCCUAUUUUUGAUCAAACUUCUCUAUUAUGUCUUGACCAUUCUGGUUAUUUUCAAGCCUGCCUUAAAAUCAGUGUCUUCUGAAGAGCUACAAUGAUUGUUUGGUUUUUGUUUGGCUUUUUUUUUUUAACUUAGCAUUUCAUACCGAGCCUGCCUUAAAAUCAGUGUCUUCUGAAGAGCUACAAUGAUUUUUUUUAAUUUCUUUUUUUUUUUAACUUAGCAUUUCAUACCAGGAAUGUAUUCCUCAGCUUAAGUUUGCCAAAGGAAAGCUCUUAUUGGAUAGGAUGAUACUGAAAGUACUUCAGUGUUUUCAGUCUGCUUUACAUACAAAGUUGUGACUGUCAAAUACGCAGUCUCACAGUAGAGUUUGUUCUAAAAUUCCUGCUGUUGAAGGCAAAGACUGCUUGAGUUUUCUUGUCGUGUGGAAAAUGUGGUGAUUGCCAUUGAAAAAAAUUUUUUUUCAGAUCAGUGAGACUUCAUCAAUAGUUUCUCUAAUGCUCCCUCUUGAAGUCUGUUGCUAAUUCUUAAAUUCAGGAUUAUCUCUUUAAAAGGGUUAUUUUGGAAACGCGACCUGACACUGUAAUUACAUCUUACUGCAAUAUAAUACCUGUAUCUAGACUUGUGCAAGAAUAUUGACUGUAAAGUUUUGUGUAAACAGGAUUGCUGUUUGUUAGUGUAUGUUUUUUGACAAAGCAAAAGUUAGAUUUUUUCCAAGAGCUUUGUCCCCUUGCAUUCUACAUUGUUUUGCUUUUUUUUUAUUUGUAUCAUUAUUAUGAACUUUAAAUUUGCCUAUGAACCUUUCUAAAAAUUAAAGAUCUCUUUUGAAAUCUUCA